AUGAAAGUGGAUACGACAGGGGCAACCCAUCCCAUGGAACCCAUUCCUGUCUCAGAAAUCGGCGAGUUGUGGUCAGUUGACGUCACCAUGCGACACCAGCAUCAAGAGGAAUUGGGACGUGACAACGGUCAAUAUCGCCAACUUGACCGAUCACAAGCCACUGUCGACGAUCCUCCAAGAAAAUGGGCCGGUAUUCGUAGUCAACAAAUAACUGUUAGACCCCGGAUACAGGUGCUAUGUGGGAUAGCUGUCGAUCCGAACCCCAAAUCAAAAUUAAACCACUAUUCUCGAGUUUCUAUUGUGAAACGAGGAAAGCGAGUAUCAUGCAGAGGUUCCAACAGAACCAGCCGCCCACAAUACUACGACAAUUCCCGGGACGAGCGAGAGCGUACACAUCCAGAGACUCCCGUGAUCGCAUGGUUCAUAAUUCCCAUUGCCGAGAUGAGGGAUAAAUGUAUAGUCGUUGCGGAUUGCCAUGGGUUCAUUGAUUCGGCAUUUGAGGCCUUCGAGUUACAAUCACAUGAAUUCCUCGUCAUCACGGGAUUCGAAAGCGAGGUCUACAAAGCUUAUGCUAAGAAAUUAGGCCUCAAAUCACCGGUCUUCAUCAACUCCGAAAUUGGACAAAACAGUUUUACUGCGACUUUCUUACGGGGCAGACUCGGCUUGUCCUCCAUGGACCGAUCAAGAUCAAUAUCGAAGCAAGCUAUUUUAGCUGAACGGUAG